AAAAACAAGCGAACGUAUUUUACGACCGCUGUUUGAUAACUAAAAUUUCUCACGAUAUAAAAAGCAGCUCAUUUCUAUGACAUGUUUUAGUAGAAUUUUAGAUUUCAGGGGUUCAUGUUAUUUUUCCCUCAGGAAGGUGUUUUAAAUAUCAAGCGUGAUGAAUGUGAAAAAACAUCGGAAACCGAACAAAAUACCACCACAUCAAGGAAGUGCGAAAAAGUUGUUUAAGGACCCGUUGAUAGAGGGAGUUCGCUGGAUAGAACGGUAUGGCUCAACGAUUGAUAAGUUCUGGAGUACUCUACCAGAAUAUAUUCGUAACUCUCUGGCGACGAUGGCAAUAUUUCUGAUGGCUUCCAGUAUAAAAGGUGAUUGGAUUGCGAUUGUAGUACAUUUGGUCAAGCACUUCAACGGGGCAGACGAGUCGAGUGGCGGUGACCAAGCGCCAAAUAAUACCAUUGUCCGGGAGAAUGGAACAGAUGGCACUAGGGCGCACGAUGUACUCGAGUAUUUGAACCUGAAAGGCUUGCCGCAUUACCUCAGCUUGGCAAUCACGGGUUCGUUCAUAAUCUAUUUUGGAGUCGGCGGGUUCAUUCACUGGUAUUACUAUGUCAACAAACGUGACCGACCUCAUGAAUGGAAAUGCCAACCAGAGAAAUUUUUAUCACCUGAGCUUGAACUGCAUGAGAUUUUCGUGGGAGGAUUUUCGAUGCUGUUAAUGAGCUGCUUGAGUGGAAUUCUCUCAUGCUACGCAAUGAACAAUGGAAGGCUACUUACCUUAUAUUAUCGUUGGGAUGAGUACGGCUGGUGGUGGUUCUUUACCCAGAUAGUUGUAAUAUUCUUGUAUCAGGAUUACCUAACAUACUGGUUACAUCGUAUUUAUCAUUGGCCAUUUCUCUACAAGCACUUUCACAAACUGCAUCACACCUAUAAACAGCCAACUGCUUUCUCAGUAACUGCGAUUCAUCCUGUCGAAAUCUUACACGUGCAGUUAACAAUGCUGCUGCCAAUCUUCACUAUUCCUACACAUUGGGCGGCUUUCUACUUCGUCGAAAUUUAUACCUACGCACACGGAAUCCUUAAUCACAGUGGAGUGAAUAUCAAAUCUUUUUGGUGGCAGCCGUGGCAACCGGAUACAAUGUUCCACGAUAAUCAUCAUCAGUAUUUCCACGUAAACUUCGGCUUCAACAUUGGACUGUGGGACGUCAUACAUGGUACCUAUCGAAGGAAGGACCGUGUGUAUUCUGAGGAGAUUUUCGGUGGAAGAGGAAAGAACUUCAAGGAUGUUAGCCAGCAAGAGCUUGAGAAAGACAUCGCUGAACGGAAGCUAGAGAAUCCCAAUGCAUACCGGAAUAAUGUACACGAGUACGAUCUCGAUGAAAAGGAAAUCAAUGAUCUGAUAGGGCCAUCGAAAAAGAUAAAGUCUAGUUGACCAUACCAAUAUUUAUAGGUGCAUAAAAUUAUUCGAAAAUAAGUUUUAAAGUUAUUAACCUUCGAUAGAUUAUUAUAUAUCUAUCGCAUGCUACUCAUUUCUAGGUGUUUCGUGUAAUAUAACACUAUUAUUCCAACUUUCUAAAAUAAAUAAGCUGUU